AUGAGAGAUGAAAUUGCAACAGCAGUUUUCUUUGUCACAAGACUGGUGAAAAAGCAUAAUAAACUGAGUAAACAGCAAGUAGAAAACUUCGCAGAAAAGCUGAUGACUAUCUUGUUUAAAACAUACAGAAGCCACUGGCAUUCUGAGUGUCCUUCUAAAGGGCAAGCCUUCAGGUGUAUCAGGAUAAACAAUAAUCAGAAUAAAGAUCCCAUUCUACAGAGGGCUUGUGCUGAAAGUAAUGUAAAAUUUUCUCACCUGGGACUGCCAAAGGAGAUGACCAUAUGGAUAGAUCCCUUUGAAGUUUGCUGUAGGUAUGGUGAGAAAAAUCACCCAUUUACAGUUGCUUCUUUCAAAGGCAGAUGGAAGGAAUGGGAGCUUUCCCAAAAAGUCCUGGAUGCUGUCAGUAAAGCCUCACUAGACUACUCCUCAGGCACUUCCUCCGAUGAAGAAAGUUGUAACAAAGAGCCCCGGCUAAUUCCUAAAGUCAGCAAUCCGAAGAGUAUUUAUCAGGUUGAAAACUUGAAACAGCCCUUUCAUACUUGGUUCCAAAUCCCCUCCAAAAAGAACAGAGUGGAUGGCCGUCUGGGUCACCUGAAAAAUGCUUAUCACAUGCUGCACAAGAACCCCAAGGGUCAUAAGCCUGGGGCUGUGUGCCAGGUGGACAGAGUGGCUUAA